UGCAAAACGUGCUCGCAAUUCUUAUCGCCGACUGCGGAACUGAGUUUUUCUCGAUUAUGCACUUCUACUUUGCAAGUUGAAUCAGCGAGACCCUCAUGCUACCACGUCGACCUGCUGUACUUUUUAUUUUCGUCCUAGCUCUCCUCGUCUGUGCUCUCUUUGAAACCACGUUUGCCACAAAUUCAAAGGCCACCCGCUUGAAACUAUCGCAUAUCUUCCACCGGGGGACUAGUCGCUACCCAGAUCUCUUCAAGCGGCUGGAUAUUGAUAAUGAGGCCGAUCUAUGGCUGCAGGAGCUGUUGACUGGACAGACCUUUGUACACCAAGUUCAGCAUCGAGAAACUAUUUUGGAGACCCGGGAUAAACGUGCCAAUGACAGGAAAGAUUCCUUGGCUGUACAGGGCGCUAGGGCGGGAGCCCAGAUUACAAUGGAAGCGAAACGGAGCACUGUCGUCAAGGUCCCUGAUUACACCGAUCCGGCAACGGUGCUGAGUUUUGCGAAAAUGUGUUCGAAUGCAUAUUUAACUCCUGACGACGAGCAAUGGAAAGAUGUUGGUCAUUGGAACGCCACGGUCGGUUAUGGAUGGGAGAACGAUGGCAUACGAGCAUAUGUCUUCACAGAUGAUCAAGAUCAUUUGGUUCUGGCCUAUAAAGGCACGUCCGCCAGUCUUUUUGGCAUUGGCGGCGAAACAUCUGCCAAGGACAAGUACAAUGAUAACAUGAUGUUUUCAUGCUGCUGCGGCAAAGCCGGCCCGACCUGGAGGCCUAUAUGUGACUGUUGCGGUGAAGCGGGCCGGACGUGUUCGCAAAAAUGUCUGAGCAAAGCCUCCCAUUAUCCCGAUUCAUAUUACCUCCUCGCUCAAGAAAUGUACCUGACAGUCCGUGAACUAUAUCCUGAUCACACUAUUUACCUAACAGGGCAUUCUUUGGGAGGUGCCCUUGCGUCUCUCGUCGCGCUCACUAAUAACGUGCCAGCGUUCUCGUAUGAAUCCCCCGGUGAUCUCUCAUUUGCCCGUCGUUUAGGGCUAGUUCCACCGGCUCCCAAUCCAGUGCCGGACACACCCAUCUACCAUUUUGGUAAUCUCGGCGACCCAGUCUUUACGGGAACAUGUCACGGACCCUUUACGUCUUGCUGGAUUGCCCGGUUUGCGAUGGAAACUAAAUGCCAUCUCGGCAAGAGCUGCGUAUAUGAUCCCGAUGAAGUUCGCCUAAAAAAAGGAAUGGAUUUGAAGACGUUUGGAAAAUGGGUGACAAAUGUGGAUAAUCAGCAUGGGAGGACGAACGCCUUAUUCCCUUACGCAACCGACGGUGGGAUGUCGUUGGAGAUAUCCUCCAACGUCGUGAAUGCAUCGGCGGUGAAAAAUAUCAGAUAUCAUCAGAUCAACAAUGUGAUACGACUGUUCUUGGAGGAUGCGGAAGAUGUUCCAGAAUGCGUUCCUGAACCAGACUGCAUGGACUGUGAGCUGUGGGAGUUUGCCGAAUGAGGCCUCUAUUGGUUGGAGUUUGUCUUUCCUUGCUCUUUCUUUAGUUUAUAUUAUUUUUCCUUUUUUUGACAUGUAUAUCUAUGGGUUGGGAGAAAUGGCUGUCUUCUUCGUUUGUAUAUUAUUAUUGGCUUUAUUGCUUUCUGGAAAAUUUGUGCAUAUAUUGAAAUUCUGACAAGCUA